AGCCUGGAAACAUAGAGGUGACUCGUCCAAGACUGCUGCGAUCGGCGCGGCUUCUUUGAUGACAGGGGGUAAGAGACGUUGCAGCUAAUGCUGCUGCUGACCGGAAUUCCACCACCACCACCACCUCGCCGUCACUAUUACCAUCUGGAGCAGCAGCAUGCUCUGGGCGUGGAACGAGCGCCCUCGACUUCCGGUGCAAAAUGUUUACACGGAUCACCGGCACAACCGUUCGCAACGCUAGAGUGUGUGCGGACCAUUGCUAAAACCUCCCACCGCCCGCGCCUCUCCACGAAAAAGGGAGGCGAACUGGCCACGGGUCCCUGGUCUGCCAACGUAUCCGGUUGCCACAUCCGCUCGGCCACCCUCGCACCUAGGGUCGGUUGUGCACGAGAAGGACCCGCACAACAUGGGCCCCCACCAAUCGGUCAUCGUACAAUGACCCCGGCUGGCAUGGUUGAGGGACGUUUGGGGAGAUGGUUCGGCUUAUUUCCUUCAUCAGAAGGCGUGGCGUCUACGAAGGAGUGGGUUCUCUACGAGUACCCAUCCAUCUCUGUUAUUCUGGAUUCGUUGCCUGUACCUGACCUUAACGCCGUAGAUUUCCUCAUUCCAGGAAAUGCCUACACAAUGCUUGUCCUGGCCGUUUCGUGGAGGGGUGUUUGUUUAGGGUCCUCUUUUGGGCUUGACCCUUAACAGCACAUUAUGCUAUGGGAAUCGACCCCAGGAGAGUUUUGGCCGGCAUGUCUGCCCUAGUCUGGCAGCCAUGGUCUACCGACUAUCGAAAACACGCUCAAUCUCAAUGUUUACUGCAAGUCCAAGGGACUGUAUUUUGAUAUCUGUCUUGUGUUGAUAUCUCCUCCCCACGUUUCUUUCCAUACGGUCACUGCAGCGAUUAUACGACCUGAGCUCUUCCCCCGGC